AGUCGCAGGUCGUUGUGAGUUCUUCAGACAGCAACACAACAGCCCAGGGAGGACUCACGCCAUUAUCUCCACCACACACACAGACACACGCAUACACUCACCUUUCACACCUGAUCUCAGUCUGAGACACAGCCAUGAAUCCCGAUAUCACGAAAGAGCGGAAAAACGCCACCUUUGACGUCGAGAAACUGACCCACAUUGUGGACGGCACCCCAGAGAAGACGAGAAGAAGAAGGGAAAUCGAGUCACUGGUUGUCAGUGACCCAGACUUUAAGGAGGAGGACCCGAACUUCUUGUCUCGCAGUGAGCGUUAUGACCAGGCCGUUCGAAAAAGUGCCCAGAUGAUCCUGAAGCUCAGAGAGUAUGGCAUCGCAGACCCAGAGGAGAUCUACUGCUACAAAAAUAUUUUUAAAGGCAACCACCAAGAGGCCUUGGGGCUACACUUUGCCAUGUUCUUGCCGACCCUGUACAACCAGUGUGACCCUCAGCAGUCCAGGAAAUGGUUACCUCUGGCAGAGUCCUUCCAGGUCAUGGGCACAUAUGCCCAAACUGAGAUGGGUCAUGGCACUCAUCUGAGAGGGCUGGAGACCACAGCCACAUAUGAUGCAGCCACACAGGAGUUUGUCUUGAACAGUCCCACAAUCAGCUCCAUCAAAUGGUGGCCCGGAGGACUUGGAAAGACCUCAAAUCAUGCCAUAGUCCUCGCCCAGCUCCAUACUCAAGGAAAAGGACGUGGUCUGCAUGCUUUCAUCGUACCCAUCCGCGACAUGAGCACUCACGUACCCCUGCCAGGUAUUGUGGUUGGAGAUAUCGGCCCCAAGUUUGGCUUCAGUGAAGUCGACAACGGCUACUUAAAACUAGAGAAUGUGCGGAUCCCACGGGAGAACAUGCUGAUGAAAUAUGCCAAGGUGGAGCCAGAUGGAACCUAUUUGAAGCCACCCAGUGCCAAACUGACCUAUGGCACCAUGGUGUUCAUCCGCUCCAUGAUUGUAAGCUUGUCAGCUAAGACCCUCGCCAAGUCCUGCACGAUCGCCAUCCGCUACAGUGUUGUUCGCCACCAGUCCGAAAUCCGAGCAGGAGAGCCAGAGCCGCAGAUCCUCGACUUCCAGACGCAGCAGUACAAGCUCUUCCCUCUGCUGGCUAUGGCCUAUGCCUUCACCUUUGUGGGCCAGUACAUGAAUACGACCUACCAGCGCAUCAGUGGAGACAUCAGCCAAGGAGACUUCAGUGAACUGCCUGAGCUCCAUGCUCUGUCUGCUGGUCUGAAGGCCUUCACCACAUGGGCAACCAACUCUGCUAUUGAGGUGUGCCGCAUGUCAUGUGGCGGCCAUGGCUACUCUCGCAGCAGUGCCUUGCCCGACAUUUAUGUCGAUUUUACUCCCACCUGCACCUACGAGGGUGAGAACACCGUCAUGAUGCUGCAGACUGCAAGAUACCUGUUGAAGAGCUACCGGCAGGCGAAGGACGGCCAGCAGCUGAGCGGCAUCGUGUCUUACCUGAAUGAAGCGGAUCAUCGGAGGGUGCAGCCACAGCCCGUCGCUGCCAGACCAACCGUGGUUGACAUCAACGACCUAUCUAGUCUGGUGGAGAUCUACAAAUUAAGAGCUGCCAUUCUUGUGGAGCUGGCAGCCAAGAGCAUCCAGCAGGAGUUGCAGAACAGGAAGUGCCAAGAGGACGCCUGGAACAACAGUUCAAUCGACCUGGUCAGAGCCUCAGAUGCCCACUGUCACUAUGUAGUGGUGAAGCUCUUCACUGACAAGCUUGGGGAGAUCGGUGACACAGCGAUACACUCAGUGUUGUCGACCCUGGCUCUGCUCUACGCCCUGAAUGGCAUCAAGCUCAACUCCGGAGAUUUCCUACAGGCGGGUCUGCUCAGUGGGCCCCAGGUGCUGCAGAUCUCUGGUCGUAUCAAGGAGCUUCUGUCUCAGCUGAGGCCCAACGCUGUGGUGCUGGUAGAUGCCUUUGACUUCAACGACAAGCUUCUCAAUUCGGUCCUGGGACGAUAUGAUGGGAAUGUCUACGAGAACCUGUUUGAAUGGGCUCGACGCUCACCCCUGAACGCCACAGAGGUGCAUGAAUCCUUCCACAAGUAUCUCAAGCCACUGCGGGCCCAACUGUAAGCUGAUCAUUGCACCUUUAAUCCUGGCUCUGACACUUCACCUCUACAUACACAAGAAAAACCAUAACAGUGAUAACCCAUCACAUCAGCCCCAUGAUGUUCUUCACUCAUUGUCAGAUUGUCCUACCACUCUGAAGGAAACUAGCCGUGUCUAGAGUUCUCUUUCUCAUCCUCACUAAAGGCCACUGUACUGAAAAGGUUAUAAAUCAGAAGGUGGACGACCUUUAACAAUCUGAAGAUGAUUGGAAACAAAAAGGGGACAGGAAACAAAACCGGGAAUCAAACUUGUAUCUAAUGAAGUCAACAUUUUGAGCCAGAAAACGUAGCCUUGAAAUUGCUGAAAAAUAAUCAAAUAUUAGAUUUUUAGUUAUGUUUUCUCUAGAGAAAUUCCAUUCGCUCAGUAGAAUCAGUUUCGAGUGUUUCCCCUGACUAUAUGGACCAACAUUUUAUCUAAAAAAAAGGCGCCACUUGUUUAAGAGGCAUUCAUUUGUCCAUGAAUUCUAUCAAUUGCUGUAGGUAUUGUGUAAACCUUUCUUCUUCUCAUUUCUGGCAACCCCCUGACCAUCCUGUGCCAGUUCAUUAUGUUGUACUAUGAUUAACUGCUCUAGUCUGAGGUGGAUAAACAGCACAGCAGUUUAGAGCAUUAGUUCACUGGAAACGUCAACUAAAGAUUUUAAAAAUAUUAACCUGUAAAAUACUGUGAUAAUAAAGUUUUUACGUUUACUUAACAUAAAAUCUCGUAAACCUAAGAAUUGUUAUCCUUAUAUUCAGUAUCAAAUUCCAGUAAGCUGCCGUUGUGUUUGUUUCACAUUUGGUAGUUUCCUUUUAAGAUAACAAUGGCUCUCAUUUUUCAUAGGGAAAACAAGACGGAAAAAUACCUAAAUUAUGCCAGUUACUGUGUUUCCCUCACCAGGACAAAACAAUCUUUCUUUUUCCUCAGUUCCACCACUUGUCACGUGAGCUGCUGUAUGUUAAAUAACCGCGUUGUACUUGAAAGAUUGACAACACAGAUAACAUUGUGUAUGUUUGAGUCUCCACAUGCUUCUGAAUGUGUUUGUGGGACGGAAAGGCUUUUGGCAGAUAAAUGCUGCAAGUUGAUGUGAAUCAAGUGUGAGAAAAGAAAUGAAUUCCUGACAGUUGUUUAGUGUUCAGUGAGGCCACAUCUCUUUAUGUGCAUUAUUCCCCCCCUCUCCCCCCUCCCUGCUCUGUGGGGUUGAUAUGAAGGAUGGUCACAUCCCCGCCAAUAUCUGGAUGAUUUUUGAAAUAUUUUUAACUUAAAAUAAUUCUACUGUUAACAUGCUAUUUUGUUCAAAUCUUGAGGUUGAAUUCUUCAUGUUCAGAUAUGAUUGAAAUCUGUUCAAACUGCAUGACUUUUCUAGAUUAAUGGUUCCCUAUAUUUUUGCUAUUACAGUUUCAGACUUGGUGGAUUUGUGCUCUUGGUUAGUGUCAACUUGCAGAAGUUUAUUUUGCUCUGUGAGCAAUCAAAUCAAAAUCUUAGAAACUGAGGCUGUUGAAUGGAAGGAGAGAAUUUUUGGCUGUAGAGACACGUGUGAGACAGGGGAGCUUUAAUCUAAAGCCUCAGUCUGGAGUAUAAAGAUGAUUUGUGGUGUUACAUAAUGUGCCUAAUGAAUUUAUCUUACCUUAAUCUAACUAACUGAGAAAAGUCAAAGCAUUUCAUUUCUGUUUCCAUGAAGAUCAGUUGAUUCUGCUGUAAGGGCACAAUUUUCAAUAUGUAAUGACUAAGCUGUUUGUGUGAUAAUUUGUUGAAUAACAAUGACUUUAAACUUUACGGUUGGUGAAUAAUUUAACCUGCAAGUUAUAUUAAUAAAAAAAUCUAAAAUGA